AUGUUGGAUCUGAUUCAAGAGUUGACCCUCGAAGUUAACAACGAUUAUUUCCGUCAGUUGAAAGUACUUGAGGAUGACAUUCACCUUUUGAUCGCGGAACAAAAGAGAUCCUCCGUGUUGGAUAUAUUCUAUCUGAUGAUGUCUUAUGUGCUAGCGGACAGCAAAGAGAAUCUUACUUCUGCCAAGGACAAUGUGGAGAAUUUUCUCACAUUCGUGACAAUGUCUGUCUGUAGUUGUUGCGAUUUGAACUCCACUACUAAUAAUACACAUCCAUAUAUCACCUCAUAUAAUAACAUGGAAUAA